GCGAGUGUCCCCAAGUCUCUCAACACCCAACUGCUAUGCUAUAAGAACAGAACACACUGUGCACAUGGCCCUCGCACCUACUUGUCUCCGCACGCUCUCCUUGUCCGUACGGAUCUCUCCCCCCAUAAUCUCACCCCUGGUCGCACCACAGAACUCCGUUCUACCACCUCUCCGCCACCGAAGAGCUUUCAGACUAAAAGGGGUGUCUUUGGUGGAGAAGAGGAAGUUGGGUUGCUGUAGAGUGAAGGCGUCAAUGGCGACGACGGCUGAGAAGGGUGGGGAUAAGAAGAAGGUGGAGGUGUUUGAUACGGAGGACGAUCUUGCGGUGUCUCUGGCAAAGUACACCGCCGAUCUGUCUGAGAAGUUCUCGAAAGAGAGAGGGGCUUUUACCGUUGUUUUGUCUGGUGGGUCUCUCAUCAAGUCCCUCAGGAAACUAUUGGAACCCCCGUAUAUUGAUUCGAUUGAGUGGUCGAAAUGGCAUGUUUUUUGGGUAGAUGAAAGAGUAGUGCCAAAGGAUCACGAAGACAGCAACUAUAAGCUUGCUUAUGAUGGGUUUCUUUCUAAGAUACCACUUCUCCCCGGUAAUGUUUAUUCACUCAAUGAUGCGCUGUCAGCUGAGGGUGCAGCUGAUGAUUAUGAGACCUGUCUCAAACAUCUGGUUAAGAUCAAUGUGAUAGAUUUAUCAGCAGCCAGUGGGUUCCCCAAGUUUGAUCUCGUGCUGCUUGGAAUGGGUCCAGAUGGACAUGUGGCCUCUCUAUUCCCAGGGCAUCCUCUCCUCAAAGAGAAUGAGAAAUGGGUCACCUUCAUUAAGGACUCACCAAAACCACCUCCAGAGAGAAUUACUUUUACCUUUCCAGUAGUCAACUCGUCUGCAUAUAUUGCCCUUGUGGUGGCUGGUGCCGGUAAAGCUGGAGUAGUGCAAACAGCAUUAGGAAAUAGUCAAAAUUCUGAUAAGCUGCCUGUUCAAUUGGUUUCACCUGAAGGAGAGUUAACUUGGUUUUUGGACAAGGGUGCAGCUUCAAAGCUGUAGGAGUUGAAAUGUUUAUAUCUGUCUGAUGGUCCACAUAGUGUAUUGGCAUGUUAUCUUGUCCUGUGGUUAAGUGGCUUGGUCACAGAUCAUAUAGGUGUUCUGCUGGAUUUUGUGCUCUCUGUGGUUGGUAAUGACUAGUGAGGUUUUUCCAUCUUCUAUGAUGGUAAUAAAAGAAGGGUUUGGAUAA